UGCCGGCGGGCUGUCACCCCCUUUCUCCGCGGGGUCGCUCGGAGCAGCCCCGCCAUGGAGGCGGCCACGCCGGGGGAAGUCAGUGUACAGGAUGAGGCUGUGGACAAAAGCACCUUUAAGAAAUGCAAUCAGAUUGCUUUUUACAGGCGUCAGAAACUUUUAUGUCCUGGAAAAUCCUCGUAUCAAGCAUUGUUGGAUUCAGUCACAUUAAGUGAUGAGAAUGUCAAAUUCCAAAUUAUUCAUGAGGAGAAUAAGGUUCUUCUACAAGUAGAAAUUUAUGAAAUAGAAGGCAAUAUUUUCAGGCUUAAAAUUGAUGAGGCUUCUCCUCUCAGAGCAAGAUACAAAGUUCCUGAUGUUCUUAUAAAGGAACCUACCACCCAGAGACUGUUCAUAUCCCACAAGGAGGCAGGUAUUUUGGUGCUGUCAAGUGCUAAUGGGGACUACAAACUUCAAGUCACAGCAAAUCCCUUCCAGGUUGAGCUGCAGUCCAAGGGUGAGACUGUUAUGAGCAUGAAUUCCAAUGGGUUGUUAUAUUUUGAGCACCUACAGCCACCUCCCAGUGAUAGAAAAGCUACAGCACAAAAUGAGGAGGCAGCAAGUGAUUACUUUAAGGAAAAACAAGAGGACCUAGGUCUCUGGCAAGAGAAAUUUGGCAGUUUCUUAGACAUCAAAGCUCAUGGUCCCAGUUCUGUAGGCGUGGACUUCUCUUUACAUGGAUAUGAUCACGUUUAUGGGAUACCACAACACACAGAAACACUUCUUCUCAAAAACACCAGUGAUGGUGAUGCCUACCGGCUUUAUAAUUUGGAUAUCUUCGGCCAUAAGAUACAUGACAAAAUAGGCAUUUAUGGUUCAGUGCCCCUUCUCUUAGCACACAAGCCUAACAGAACUUCAGGAAUCUUCUGGCUGAACUCUUCAGAAACACUGGUGGAUAUUAGUACAAAGGCAGUAGCUGAGCACAUGUCAUCCACAUCUGCUGCAGAGACUGCUAAGCAGAGAGCAGUGCCUCUAACUGAUGUACGCUGGAUGUCAGAAAGUGGAAUCAUUGAUGUUUUCCUGCUGAUGGGACCCACUGCCUUUGAUACCUUCAAGCAGUUUGCACAACUGACAGGCACUCAAGCCCUGCCCCCCCUUUUUUCUCUGGGCUACCAUCAGUGCAGGUGGAAUUAUGAGGAUGAGCAAGAUGUCAAGGCAGUAGAUGCUGGCUUUGAUGCACAUGACAUUCCUUAUGAUGUGAUAUGGCUGGACAUAGAGCACACAGAUGGCAAGAGGUAUUUUACUUGGGACAAAAAGAAAUUCCAGAACCCCAGAAAGAUGCAAGAACAUCUCAAGAAGAAAAAACGCAAGCUUGUCGUCAUUGUAGAUCCACAUAUUAAGGUUGAUCCCACGUACACCCUGUAUUCACAGGCAAAAGACAAGGGAUAUUUUGUGAAAGACAGAAAUGGGCAAGAUUUUGAGGGCAUCUGUUGGUCAGGUUCCUCUUGCUACCUGGAUUUCACCAAUCCUGAAGUGCGAAAAUGGUAUGCAGAUCAAUUUGCCUUCAAAACAUACAAGGGAUCCACUAAUAUCCUCUUUGUAUGGAAUGACAUGAAUGAGCCUUCAGUCUUCAAAGGGGCAGAACUAACAAUGCAGAAAGAUGCUGUGCACUACAAUAACUGGGAGCAUCGGGAAGUACACAACCUCUAUGGAUUCUAUCAGCAAAUGGCAACUGCAGAAGGACUCAUCAGACGUUCUUCAGGAAAAGAGAGACCAUUUGUCCUCACACGAUCUUUCUUUGCUGGAUCACAGAAGUAUGGGGCAGUGUGGACUGGAGACAACACAGCAGACUGGAGUUACUUGAAAAUAUCCAUUCCAAUGCUUCUUACCAUCAGCUUGGCAGGGAUUUCCUUCUGUGGAGCUGAUGUGGGAGGGUUUAUUGGAGAUCCAGAACCAGAAUUACUUGUUCGCUGGUAUCAGGCUGGAGCCUACCAGCCCUUCUUCAGAGGUCAUUCUAACAUGGAGAGCAAACGGCGAGAACCGUGGCUCUUUGGGGAGAAGAACACCCAGAUCAUCAGGAAAGCCAUUAUAGAGCGCUACGUCCUCCUGCCUUACUUAUACACACUGUUCUAUCGGGCACACACAGCGGCUGAACCAGUUAUGAGGCCUCUCUGGGUAGAGUUUCCAGGAAAAACAGAAACUUUUGAUGUGGAGUAUGAGUACAUGCUGGGAAAUGCUUUGUUGGUGCAUCCAGUCACAGAGAAAGAGGCCAAGACAGUGAGUGUUCUGCUUCCAGGGUCAAAGGAGGUUUGGUAUGAUUUCAGAAAAUUUAAACGAAUGGAAGAUGCAGGCACUCUGAAGAUUCCAGUAACACUAGAGAAUCUUCCCGUAUUCCAGCGGGGGGGCACUGUGAUCCCUCUGAAGACCACAGCUGGGAAAUCCACUGAAUGGAUGAUAGAUAUUUCUUAUGAACUCCACGUGGCCUUGGACACAGAGGCCUGUGCCGUAGGUGAGCUCUAUGUAGAUGAUGGGCAUUCAUUUCAGUACCUCCACAAGAAGCAGUUCCUGUAUCGGAAGUUCACUUUCCACAAGAACAUUCUCACUUCCAGCUGCGCAGAUGAAAGCGGACAAUACCAAACCUCAUGUGUGGUUGAGCGGGUGAUAGUUCUGGGAUUUGGAAAGCAACCCACUUUUGUGAGAGCCAGUUCCAAGGGUGGGAAAGAAAAGGAAGUGAUUUUCACAUACGAUACGAAGACCUCUGCGCUGACACUGGGAAACUUAGCCCUGAGUAUUGAUGCUGACUGGGAGAUUUGUAUCAACUGAGACACAAGUUCUUCAGAGAAGCAAUUCAUUGGGAGGUUGAGGAGAAAUAAACUGGAAACUGAAAAAAACAUUCACUUGAAUCCAAUCAAAUCAACAAAUGUUUUUUUCCACUGACACCCCCCAACGUAACAUUUCCUACAAUUUUUCUUUUAAAGCACUAAUUUAAACUCAGAUAGCUCUUCUAUUCAGCAAAAGUAAUAGCACUAGGAUUGUAUCUUUGGGGAAAUAAGCUAAAUACCAUUUGCUCCAGGCUAGCUUAAGUUAGGCAUUAAGCUUUAGUUCUGCCUUCACUUUCACUAAAAAAUCAUGAACUGAUGGGGUGAGACUGGAGCUUGUUGGUACAGGGCUUAAUGUAAGUAUUUGAAAAUCCCAUUAUUCAGAGACUGGAGCACUUGAGAUCUGGACCAGUUUGACAAGCAGCAUCAGUAGAUCCGCCAGACGCAGAGGUUAUCACCAGAGUUCUGCCUGCAAGCUGCCUUGGGAAAACAGACACAGAAGGAGCUGCCCUGUGUGAUUACAGACACUUCCCUUUUCCAGUCCUUAUGACAACACAGAAUUAGCCGGUCUGUACAGGAAAGUAAACAACGGGCUCACUGAACAUUUCAAUCACUGGAGGUGAAGUUUGAGCAGGUUGUGCCAGUCAGUUGUGCAACAGCAGAAGACAGGGACAUGACAGUGCAGAAGGCUGUCCCACAGCUGCCUUGGAAACUUGGAUUUCGAAAAGGCACAGGUCCUCAUUAACUGCAGUACUGGCUUAGGAUAGCAGCUAUACUCACAUGGAAACAUUUUCCAUGUUAUUGCUCCCCUCUAUCUGCAAGUACUACUUAAAAAAAAAAGAAAAAAGUCUUUUUUAGGAAAGAAUUGACAGUGAUGAUUGAGUGUCAUUGAUCAAAGCCAGCCCAGUGAAGCAGCUAUACUUCUCCACAUCUUGCAGCUCCUGCCAAGGUUUGGCUUCCUUUACACAUGUUUUAGUACUGUCUUGAUCAGUUUUUAGUAUCUGGCUGAGAUUUGAGCUUGGCAUUUGUGGAGCAGUUUAAUGUUAAUGGGAUUAAUUCUACAUUUAGCCAUCCCACUUCAUGCUUAUUCUCCCAUUCUGUUACAACUGCAGCCUAAUGUUCCCCUGCUUCCUUUUCCCACCAUCUCUGCAAACAGAUCUGGUGUGUCCUGAUGCUUCCCUUGCAAAAUUAGGGGACAUCCUGAGUCCCACAUCCACUACAUCUUGCCUGUUCCUUCAGGCCUUUCCAUACUAGGCAUCUCUUUUCACAGGCUACCAUUGCUCUACGGUUUGUUUGCCCUUUCCAUUUGCUACAUUUGUAAACUACAUUAUUUUAAAACCAGUUUGCUUUGAGUCAAACCUGAACGUGCCAUUAGUUGGGUUUCUGAAUAUAAAAGGACAUAGUUUACUUAAUUUGUUUCAGUAAGAUAAAGGAGUAUUCUCUAAAAACAUCAGUAAAAUAACUCGUAGGAAACAGAAAGGGAUAGUCUCCAUUUUUGCCAACAUAACAUUACAUUAAGUUCCCUGUGCUUAGUCAGUCAUUCCCACCUGCUGCUGUUUGUCCUCUGCAGGGCAGAUUUCUGGGAAUAGCAAGUGUGAGAGCAAACUGAGUGUUCCGCUCUUGACGACUCAAGCGGAGCUUGUUCCCCACCAGACCCUUAAGUUCUUUCUUUCUUUUAAUUCUGCAGAGCUGUUUGUCAGCACCUUCUAGGAGACCGUGUGAGCCUCCGCUCCAGGAACUGGCAACAUAAAUACUGUUGUGCUUAAUGCAGAUGAGUUAAUCCAGGUAGAACAGUAGCAAAUACAUCUUUUGUGUCUGUGAAAAGAGAGACAAACUCUAUUUUUCUAUCAGCUUCUAAGCUUUAAUUGAUGAAAUAUGUUUUAAGUGUAGCAGUGCUUCUAACAGGAUAUAAUUAGUGUCUGGAGCAUUUUAAUGAAAUAUUUUAACUGCUAUUUCUCAAGUUGGAAAGUAAAAUAAAGUCAAAACAAAGCUAGUUACAUGCUUUAUUCCGUCCAAUUUUCUUUCUGCUGUUGAGAAUCACUACUGAGUCUUCUUCCAGUGGUAUCUGGUUAAAGUGAAUGCUAAAGUGACUAACUUUUAUACUCUGGCCCUCAGUAUGAUAUCUGCACCAUGAUAAGUACUCAUGGGUCAAAUUUUCACUGAUGUGAAGUGCCUAACUUCUAGGGAUUUGAAUAGGAAUGAGUUCCUGAAAAUCAUAGCAGUCACAUCUUUAGAUCUGAGGAAAUAAAUGUCAAAGAAUAUAAUUUACAUUGCUCUUUGU